CAGGUCACUGCUGGGGGAGAUGCAAGGAGUUGCCCAGGACUGCCCCAUACAUCAGUGGCAGAGCCAGGAGUCCUGACUGCAGUCCCAUGCUCUCGCCACUGGCCCAGGCUCCCCCAUGGGCUGCAGUCAGGCUGACCUGUUACAAAUCUUUGGCUCUCCCCCCCCCCCACCCCAGCUUUGUUGUGGCUCGGCCCUGCUCACACCAGCAGAUUUUUGCUCGUCGCUCACAGCCUCCUCGCGCAGAGUCAGCAAGAAACCGCGAGGUGCUUGUGAUGGAAAAUGUGUGUCAGGCUGGGGCAGGAGCUGGAGGAAGUUCUCUGGGUGAAAUGCUGAGUGGGGCAGGGGGCGGGAGUUUCUACUGAAAGGGUGAAACUGGUGCAGCUGGGAGCUGGUUUGGUGACAAUGGCUGAGGCUCGUGGCUGUAUUGUGUUCUUGAAACCCCUAAAACCCAGGAGUUCUGGCUCCCAGCCCCCCUUAACCACUAGCCCCCACUUCCCUCCCAGAGCUGGGGACAGAACCCAGGAGUCCUGGCUCCCAGCCCCCGCAACCACUAGCCCCCAGUCCCCUCCCAGAGCUGGGGACAGAACCCAGGAGUCCUGGCUCCCAGCCGCCCCUAACCACCAGCCCCCACUCCCCUCCCAGAUCCAGGGACAGAACCCAGGAGUCCUGGCUCCCAGACACUAGGCCUGCAUGGGCUUGUCCCUCAGAGGGACCCGGAGCUGCCAGUGACUGAGCUCCCUCUGCAGGGGCCAUAGGGGUGUGGGGGGUGAUCUUGGCCUGGCCCUCCCGACUCCUGUCCCUGAUCAGAGGGGACAGCCCUGGAGCCAUUCCCAGCAGCCCCAUAACGAGCUGGUGCCAGCACGUGGUAGGGAUUCUUCUCCCCGUGUAAUUCCCCCCCCGCGGGCGCGACCUGUGCCCUGGGUGAAAGUCCAGGCAGGGGGCGGGAACAGGGACUCUGAUCUGAGCCAGGCGGAGGUGACACGCCAGCGUCUUGGCGUGGGGCAGCGCCCGCAUGCAGCCGCUGUCCUCGGUGGCCCCCAGACCCGCCCGCCACCGGCUCCGGGCACCCGGCGAUGAGCAGGGAGCAGACACCAGCUGCACUGGGAUGAUGCGGGAUGGGGCAGUGCCGCAGAACAAGCCGUGGAAGAAACUCAAGAGCAUGGUCCACUGGUCGCCUUUCGUCGUGUCCUUCAAGAAGUGCUACCCCUGGGUGCAGCUGGCCGGCCAUGCGGGGAAUUUCAAAGCCGGGGACUACGGGCAGAUCCUGAAAAAGUUCUGCCCGUGUGAGCAGCAAUGCCUGGAGCGCCUCAUGCAGGACUCGCUGCGCCCCCACGUGCCCGCCUACUUCGGGCUGGUGCAGCGGGACGGCGAGUGCUACAACCAGAUGGAGGAUCUGCUGGCCGGCUUCGAGACGCCCUCCCUCAUGGACUGCAAGAUGGGGGUCAGGACGUACCUGGAGGAGGAGUUGGAGCAGGCCCGGCAGCGGCCCCGGCUGCGCCGCGACAUGUACGAGAAGAUGGUGGCGGUGGAGCCGGGGGCGCCCACGCCCGAGGAGCACGCCCAGCGCGCCGUGCUCAAGCCCCGUUACAUGCAGUGGAGGGAGUCGCUCAGCUCCACCGCCACUCUGGGCUUCCGCAUCGAGGGCAUCAAGAAAGCCGAUGGCACCUGCAGCACCAACUUCAAGAAGAUGCGGCUGCCCGAGCAGGUGGUGCAGGCGCUGGGCGACUUCGUGGACGGCGACAGAACCAUCCUGGCCACCUACCUGGGCCGCCUGGAGGAGCUGCGGGUGGCGCUGGAGCAGUCCGAGGUCUUCAAGAGCCACGAGGUGGUGGGGAGUUCUCUGCUUUUCGUCCAUGACCGGACGGGGCUGGCCAAGGUUUGGAUGAUCGACUUCGGCAAGAUGGUGCCGCUGGCCGGGGGGAAGACGCUGACGCACCGGCUGCCGUGGGUGGAGGGGAACCGGGAGGACGGCUACCUCUGGGGGCUGGACAAUCUCAUCGCCAUCUUCAGCACCAUGGUGCAGAACUGAGUCGGGCGCUGGCAGGGCCUGGGCCGGUGGCUGGCGCACUGGGGACCCCCAGCACCGGCUCUGUGCAAUAGACGGGCACUGCCGUGCGGUGCCCUCCCUGCCUCUUAUUUAUACAGCCAGAUAUGCUACAGCCCCGCUCGGAGCUGGGACCCGUCGCACCCCGUCUGCCUGCGCCAGCUUCCAUCAGCUGACGGCCCCGCGCCGGGGAGGCACCUGCAGGGCCUGGCCCGUCACACAGACGUGAUGGGGCCUGUUUUACAGCAGCCAACGGGAAGGGGCGCGACCUGCUCCCGUCUGGGAGCGGAGCCAUUUCCCGCUCAGCUGCUCGUUCCGUGGCCCAGGGAACCCCGGGAAGGCCAAGGCCGAGAUGGGAGCCACCAGCGCUUCGGAGGGCACGGGGGCAGCGAUCCUGCACUCCGGGCGACGCCGGCCGGAGCGGAACCGAACCAAAGGGGGCUCGGAUCCUCCGGGCCCCUCUCCUGUUCGUGGCCCAUUUUCCUUCAGCUCUGCUUAAUUUCGCAGCUGGGUCCGGUUCCUGCCCCUGCUGGCAUCAGACCCCGCCCCACCACUGGGCGGCUCCACGGGACCUGAUCGGCAGGGGGCU